UAUUCCUAUGACAAUAAGAGAAUUUAAAAGUGCACUAAAACUUCAAGAGUUUACUGAUGCGCAAUUGGACCGCAUUUAUUAUGGUACCACGGGUGAUGACGGAGUUAAUAAGGCUGAAUUAAAAGCUCUCCGUAGUGAAUACUGUAAUGUAUUAUCUGGAUGUGAUAAAGUGGACAGAUAUCUCAUAAAGUGCUACUUGACCGACAACUUACUCAAAUAUGGAUUAACCGAAAACACUUUGUAUAGUUUCUAUGAAAAAUUGCCGCCAAGUAAAUAUGUUAUGUCAAAAAAGGAUUUUAAAAAAAAAGCGAAAGAUAUACAGUGGGACGUAGAUAUGUAUUUGUGUAGAUUUGCCAAUGUCAAUUUGCCGCUUCUAGUUUCUGGUAAAGAAAAUAAAUUGAAGGAUGAAAACCACAAUAAGAUUUCUGGUAAAGAAAAUAAAUUGAAGGAUGAAAACCACAAUAAGAUUUCUGGUAAAGAAAAUAAAUUGAAGGAUGAAAACCACAAUAAGAAAAGCGAGAAUGAAAAGGAUGUUAUGUCAAAAUAGUAAUUCAAGAGAAGGUUUCAGAGAUUUUUUGUUAAGAAAAUCAAAUUAAUGUAAUAUUUCUAGAGUCUAUAUUUUUAUUAAAAGUUGUUCUAUUGUUGCGAUUAUAAAUUCAAGUUGAGUUUUCUCUUGUGAUAAUUUUAUUU